AAUGUAUGUAUUCCUUCUCCUCCAAACCAGCCUUUCCUCUCGACCCUUCAUGCAUGCUCAUCAGUCAUCAGGUUGUAAGCAAAACCAACAAGCUUCCCAACACUUAGGGUAAAAACCCUUCCAUCCGAAUUCACACCAUUAAUUCCUUGUUUCACCAAGUGUCCGUGAGCAUAAAUUGUCUGUCUCCACGACAAUGGGGGAUUACCAAACCCAAUCGCUGUGGCGGAUGCGCCUAGGCUCCGCCCUUCGCACGGCUUUGGCAUGCACCAUUGUCGACUGCACCGUCCUCUAUGGACCUCCACAACUUAAAAAGUACAUAACCUACCCGUCCUUUUCGUACAUGACCACAAUCCUAAUAGCCCCGGACGCAACGCUUGGGGACGUCAUGAGAAGCUGUUGGCAUGUGAUCUUUGCCACGGCACAGGUACUUUUGUCUUCUGUGCUGACCCUUUGGCUGGUGGAGCCUAAAAACUUCACGGUGGAGAUAGCGGUGGUGGCAGUUGCUCUGAGUGCUUUUGUGGUGGCAUUGCCGGAGUCCACGCACUUGAUGUCGAAGAGAAUUGCGUUUGGGCAGUUUGUGAGUGUUUAUGUUGGCACUGUGAUUCAUGGGGCACAAACUGGAGUUGUCAUGCAUCCACUUGGCGUUGCAUCAAGCACUGUCCUUGGAGCUUUCGCUUCUGUUGUUGCUAUGUUGUUUCCUUAUCCUCGGCUAUCUUACUAUGAGGUCAGUAAAUCGUGGCGCAUGUAUGCCGGAAAUGCUUCUCAGAGGUUAGCUCGCUUCGUUGAGGCCAUCUCUUCCCGGGACAAGAGCGGAGCACUCGAACUCCUCUCUCAAGGACAAUCUCUCUCUAAAGAAGCAGCUAAGCUUCUUCAAAGCAUCAGUAAUAAUCUGGAAACGAUGGUGUGGGAGAGACCACAUAUCAAAUUUCUGAAACCAAAUUAUCUGGACUCAGGUGAAAGGUUGCAAGAAAUUGAGGUUCCACUGAGGGGAAUGGAAAUAGCCUUAUCUAGUUGCUCUUCACAUCCUGUAAACCUAAUUGAUGAAGAGCUAAGACGCAAUUUACAAAGUUCAGAAGUACAGGUUAGGCUAAGGCUUCUGCAAGCUAAGUACUCUUUGCCUUCCGAUGCAACAUUGGCUCCGGAGCCAUACAGAGAAAUCUUCGACAAGCCACUUUGGGCCGGAAAACCCACCACCAAUAACCGUGAGAAUCUUCCGGCUUUCUUCUUCUUGUACUGCAUGGAACUCCUCCUAGAAAACCAACCCAUUGCCCGGAAUCCUGGAAACACUAGGAAACCUAACCAAGAACCGAGUGAUUCGCAAAAUCAACAGUGGUGGAACUUCAAAAGUGUUUGGAGAAACAUAAUCCCAAGUACCAGGAGUAUAAUUUUUGCUCUCAAGUGCUCACUUGCAUUAGGCCUUGCUGUGUUAUUCGGCCUGUUGUAUAACAAGGAAAACGGGUACUGGUCAGGCCUCACCAUUGCCAUCAGCUUUGUAACAGGACGGCAAGCAACAUUCACAGUUACAAAUGCUCGAGUUCAAGGAACGGCACUGGGAUCGAUCUACGGAAUCAUAUGGUUAUUUAUUUUCCAAAGACUUGAGAAAUUCAAGCUCGUACCACUCAUACCUUGGAUCUUUUUUUGCCAUUUUCUUAGGCAUAGCAGGAUGUAUGGCCAAGCUGGUGGGAUCUCGGCAGCCAUUGGAGCAUUACUUAUCUUGGGUAGGGAAAACUAUGGUCCUCCAAGUGAAUUUGCAUUUACAAGAAUGAUAGAGGCAUCCAUUGGACUGCUUUGUUUCCUUUUUGUAGAGAUUGUCUUUUAUCCGAUGAGAGCAGCGACCCUAGCAAAAAAUAAGCUCUCACAAAGCAUGGAGGCGCUUCGAGAUUGUAUCGGAGUAAAUCUUUGUGUACCAGCUUCCACAGGAUUGAGGGAAAAGCGGAGGAAGCUCAAGUCCCAUAUGAAAGAACUAGAAACAUUCAUCCAAGAAGCUGAAACAGAGCCUAAUUGCUGGUUCUUGCCCUUCCAGCGUGCCGGUUACAAUCGGGUGCUAGGAUCUUUAUCAAAAAUCGCUGAUCUUUUACUAUUUGUGGCCUAUAAGACGGAGUUUCUCGCACAAGUAGAGCAGAACUUUGGAGGUGUUUGGGAGGAACUAAGGCAACAAAUGAAUGCUGAUCUAGAGCUGCUAAAGGUUUGCCUUGAGGAGGCGUCUUCGAUCAAGCCCAUGCCGGUAUCCGAGACAAUGUCGGAAAGUGAUUACCACGACAGUGAAUUGGGCAAACCACCAAGGGGAUUUGCGACUUUGGGUUGUGCUGAUGAUAAAGAGGUUGAGACUAUUGUGAGUAGUUUUCUUCAACAUUUGCAGGAAGUGGCUGACAAGGUACAUACUAGUGACAUUGAAGAGAAACAGAAGAGCCAAAUGAUUCUUUGUUUGACUAGCCUGGGAUUCUGCAUUUCAAGCGUGAUGAGAGAAGCAAUGGAGAUGAAGAAAGAAUUGAAAAAACUAGUCAAAUUGAAUGCGCCUACAUAGUGUUUAAGAUUUUGGCUCGUCAGAGACUCACAAUUAGUGUCCUAUUUUGUUUAUGUUAUAGUAAGAAAAUUAAAGGUGUACCGAUUAUUUUAAUAAAAGGACUAGGAAAGAAUCAAAGUUUUCUUGUACAAUUAGAUUGGGAAUCCUAUACGAUAAUUUGGAAAAGGAAAGAAAGUGUUCUUUAGAGUAAGAAACUAAUCAUAAAAUAGCCACCCUAUACUUAAAAAUAGGGUGUGGCAAGGCUAUGGAAAGUGUGUGAAGCUAGAGACAACCGCUGGAAAGA